GAUUUUCAUAAGGCUAUCAGGUGCCACGAGAGUCGUCUACAAAUUGCAAAAGAAGUGGGAGACAAAGCUGGAGAAGGACAGGCUUAUGGAAAUCUUGGCAAUGCCUAUCGUAGCUUAGGCGAUUUUCAUAAGGCUAUCAGUUACCACGAGCGUCAUCUACAAAUUUCAAAAGAAGUGGGAGACAAAGCUGCAGAAGGACGGGCUUAUGGAAAUCUUGGCAAUGCCUAUCGGCAGUUAGGCGAUUUUCAUAAGGCUAUCAGUUACCACGAGCGUCAUCUACAAAUUGCAAAAGAAGUGGGAGACAAAGCUGGAGAAGGACGGGCUUAUGGAAAUCUUGGCAAUGCCUAUCAUAGCUUAGGCGAUUUUCAUAAGGCUAUCAGUUACCACGAGCGUGAUCUACAAAUUGCAAAAGAAGUGGGAGACAAAGCUGGAGAAGGACGGGCUUAUGGAAAUCUUGGCAAUGCCUAUCAUAGCUUAGGCGAUUUUCAUAAGGCUAUCGGUUACCACGAGCGUCGUCUACAAAUUGCAAAAGAAGUGGGAGACAAAGCUGGAGAAGGACGGGCUUAUGGAAAUCUUGGCAAUGCCUAUCAUAGCUUAGGCGAUUUUCAUAAGGCUAUCGGUUACCACGAGCGUCGUCUACAAAUUGCAAAAGAAGUGGGAGACAAAGCUGGAGAAGGACAGGCUUAUGGAAAUCUUGGCAAUGCCUAUGAUAGCUUAGGCGAUUUUCAUAAGGCUAUCAGUUACCACGAGCGUCGUCUACAAAUUGCAAAAGAAGUGGGAGACAAAGCUGGAGAAGGAGGGACUUAUGGAAAUCUUGGCAAUGCCUAUCAUAGCUUAGGCGAUUUUCAUAAGGCUAUCAGGUGCCACGAGCGUGAUCUACAAAUUGCAAAAGAAGUGGGAGACAAAGCUGGAGAAGGACAGGCUUAUGGAAAUCUUGGCAAUGCCUAUCGUAGCUUAGGCGAUUUUCAUAAGGCUAUCAGUUACCACGAGCGUCAUCUACAAAUUGCAAAAGAAGUGGGAGACAAAGCUGGAGAAGGAGGGGCUUAUGGAAAUCUUGGCAAUGCCUAUGAUAGCUUAAGCGAUUUUCAUAAGGCUAUCAGUUACCACGAGCGUCAUCUACAAAUUGCAAAAGAAGUGGGAGACAAAGCUGGAGAAGGACGGGCUUAUGGAAAUCUUGGCAAUGCCUAUCAUAGCUUAGGCGAUUUUCAUAAGGCUAUCAGUUACCACGAGCGUCAUCUACAAAUUGCAAAAAGAAGGGGAGAAAAAGCUGGAGAAGGACUGGCUUAUGGAAAUCUUGGCAAUGCCUAUCGGCAGUUAGGCGAUUUUCAUAAGGCUAUCAGUUACCACGAGUGUCAUCUACAAAUUGCAAAAAGAAGUGGGAGACAAAGCUGGAGAAGGACGGGCUUAUGGAAAUCUUGGCAAUGCCUAUCAUAGCUUAGGCGAUUUUCAUAAGGCUAUCAGUUACCACGAGCGUCAUCUACAAAUUGCAAAAGAAGUGGGAGACAAAGCUGGAGAAGGACGGGCUUAUGGAAAUCUUGGCAAUGCCUAUCAUAGCUUAGGCGAUUUUCAUAAGGCUAUCGGUUACCACGAGCGUCAUCUACAAAUUGCAAAAGAAGUGGGAGACAAAGCUGGAGAAGGAGGGGCUUAUGGAAAUCUUGGCAAUGCCUAUCAUAGCUUAGGCGAUUUUCAUAAGGCUAUCGGUUACCACGAGCGUCGUCUACAAAUUGCAAAAGAAGUGGGAGACAAAGCUGGAGAAGGAGGGGCUUAUGGAAAUCUUGGCAAUGCCUAUCGGCAGUUAGGCGAUUUUCAUAAGGCUAUCAGUUACCACGAGCGUGAUCUACAAAUUGCAAAAGAAGUGGGAGACAAAGCUGGAGAAGGACGGGCUUAUGGAAAUCUUGGCAAUGCCUAUUAUGGCUUAGGCGAUUUUCAUAAGGCUAUCAGUUACCACGAGCGUCGUCUACAAAUUGCAAAAGAAGUGGGAGACAAAGCUGGAGAAGGACGGGCUUAUGGAAAUCUUGGCAAUGCCUAUCGGCAGUUAGGCGAUUUUCAUAAGGCUAUCAGUUACCACGAGCGUCAUCUACAAAUUGCA